UAGAAGAAGGCACCGGCAAUUGUUGUGUUUUUGUUUUUUUCAAAAUCGUCUUGAAAAUGUUUUCCUUCACCCCCCCCCAACCACCACCCACGGUGUUCCGUUUUGAUACCGGCGGGGGUGUUUGGCUCGUUUUGCGCGUGACUCGGACGUAAGGAAAGCGGCGACGUGACGUCAGGUGACGUGCGAGGCAAGGUGCCGGGCUGGAGGGGCUCGUUCUCUGCCGCUGCGUGGCGAAGAUGCCGCACGCUUCGCGAGACGUGCGGCGCCCCCGUUGCGGCGCCGCCGCCGCCGCGAGGACGUGAUCGCCGGAGCGAGAAGAAGCGCGGCCGAGCGGCUUUGUCCGCCGCCAUGGCCAGAGCUCUGCGGAGGCUCUUUCAUCUGGUGCUCUUCUGCCCUCUGUCCAAGGGCCUGCAGGUGAAGUACCUGCUCUUGGCGUGGUUGGGCGUCCUGGUGGCCAGCUGGGUGCUCUACGUGCAGUACGCUUCCUACUCGGAGCUGUGCCGCGGACACGUCUGUCAGGCCUUCAUCUGCGACCACUACAGCCGAGGCGUCAUCUCCGGGUCUUCCUGCAAGGCUCUGUGCGAGCAGAAAACGCUGACGCUGCGCCACUGCAUGUCCACCUCCUCGCAACAUCAGGUGUACGCCGGCCAUUGGAAGGAGAGGCCGGUGGUGAUCAAGUGCGGCAUCGAGGACGGCGCGGAGGCCGACGGCGCUCCGGAUUUGGCCAACAGUCGGAGGAGGAGGAGGAGCCCGUUUGAAAAACCCACGCGCGGAACCUCGGUGGACGAGUUUAAGGAGAUGUUGCACGGCUUCCUCAAGGACAACCUCGGGGAGCAGCCGUCGUUGAGCGCCCUGGUGGAGAGAAUCAUUUCUCUGGCGGACGUCAACCUGGACGGCAAACUGUCUCUGGCCGAGGCCAAGUCCAUCUGGGCCCUCGUGCGCGUCAACGAGUUCCUGUUGACGGUGGCUCUCCAGGAGAAGGAGCACACCCCCAAACUGCUGGGCUUCUGCGGGGACCUGUACGUGACGGAGCCGCUGGGGCACACCUCCCUGUACAGGCUGGAGGUGCCGCCCUCCCUGCGGGCCCUGGUGCCGGGCGCGCUGGUGUCGGGCCUGAACCGCUGGCUGGCGCCGGCCUGGCCCCGGCGGGCGCGCAUCACGGUGGGCCUGCUGGAAUUCGUGGAGGAGGUCUUCCACGGGCCCUACGGCAGCUUCCUGAUCUGCGACGCCAGCCCGCGCCACGUGGGCUACAACGCCAAGUACGACUGCAAGAUGGCCGACCUGCGGGCCGUGGCCUCCGAGGCGGCGGUGCGGGCCCACCUGAAGGGCCGGCGCUGCGAGAGCAACGCCGACUGCACGUACGGCCGCGACUGCACCGCCACCUGCGACCGCCUGGCCAAGCGCUGCAACGCCCAGGUGGUGCGGCCCAACCUGGCCAAGGUGUGCGCCCUGCUCCAGGACUUCCUGCUCUACGGGGCGCCGGCCGAGCUGCGGGGCGACUUGGAGCGCCAGCUGCGCACCUGCGUCACGCUGAGCGGGCUGGCCAGCCAGAUGGAGGUGCACCAUUCGCUGGUGCUCAACAACCUCAAGACCCUCCUGUGGAAGAAAAUCUCCAACACGCAGUACUCCUGAGGGAGGCGCGCAACCCGCCUUUGACUUAUUCCCCGACAUCGAACGGCUCCGCUGCCGACUGAAAUGAUUUGAGCAGCGAACGCAGUUGGAGACGAUGGAGCUGCGAUCAAAAACCCGACCGCA